AUGGCGAGCAGGCCGGCAGUUCCCAUCAUCGUCGGCGUGGGCGACGUCCGCAACAAGUCGUUCAAGGUCGAAGAUGCCGUCGAGCCCGCACAGCUGAUGGUCAGAGCGAUCCGCAACGCCUUCUCCGAUACUGGCCUAGCCGAGCCUCUGCAAAAGGAGCUGCUCCUCAAGGCGGACAGUCUGCGCGUCGUGCCGACAUGGACGUGGGCUUACAAGGACCUGCCAGGCUCGAUCGCGUCGGGUCUGGGGAUAAACCCCCGAACUAGGGUAAUGCCAGACCAUGGCGGGAACCAGCCUGCGCUACAAUGCGACGAAGCCGCCAGAGCGAUUGCAAAUGGGGAGAGUGACGUUGCGAUCUUGACCGGAGGAGAGGCGCUCGCAUCCCUCGGAGCCUGUCAAAAGGCGGGCCAGACGCCUCCGAAAGGAUGGGAGGAGGCGGACCCGAGCGGCAAAUCGCUGGCUUCCCUGGACAUGUCGAUUCUCAAAGAGAGCGCCGGAACGAGACAUUCCAUGGGCCUGCCGAUUCACGUCUACCCGCUCUACGAGAACUGCCGCCGGGCCCAUCGGAAGCAGACCUACCAGCAAAACUCGCACGAGUCGGCCUGCAUGUACGCCGAUUUCGACAAGAUCGCCUCGGGGAACGAGUUUUCGUGGAACGCGGGCGAGCCGGUCAAGAGCGCAGAGUUUAUCGGAACCGUAUCCAAGAAGAAUCGCAUGAUCUGCGAUCCCUAUCCGCUGCUCAUGAAUGCUUUCAACGCGGUGAACCUCGCGGCGGCUUGCAUCGUGACCUCGACUGAGUACGCGGAGAAGCUGGGCAUCCCGCGCGAUCGAUGGGUGUAUGUCCUCGGAGGCGCUGGCACACACGAAAAGGACUAUUUCUGGGAACGGCCUCACUUCCACGACAGUCCGGCUCUGUCGAGGUCCAUCGACGCUGGCCUUGAGGUCUCGGGCCUGACCAGGGAACAAGUGGAUGUUUACGACUUUUACUCGUGCUUUCCCAUCGUCCCGAAGCUGGCCUGCGACCACCUUGGGCUGCCAACAACGGGCGGCGACAAGCCCAUCAGUCUGUUAGGCGGACUGACGUCCUUUGGCGGCGCGGGGAACAACUACUCGAUGCAUGCCAUCUCCGCCAUGGCGCGAGUUCUGAGAACAAAGAAGCACAAAAACGGCCUCAUCCUGGCCAACGGCGGCAUGCUCACCCACCAGCACGUCCUGUGCCUCUCCGCCCAGCAAAGGUCCGACGGGCGCGCGUAUCCGAGCCGGAACCCCCUCCCCCUGAUCCUCGACGAGUCGUCGCCGCCCUUCACCGAAUCCGCCGAAGGUCCAGCAACCAUCGAAACGUACACCAUUGAGUAUGACCGCCAGGGCGCGCCGUCGCUGGGCCUCAUCGUCGGCAAGCUGCAGGGCUCGGGGCGGCGCUUCCUGGCGAACCACGGGGACGAGCAGACGCUUGCGCAGCUGGCGAACACGUCUGCUGAGCAGGUUGGGCGGGCGGGCUUUGUGCGCAAGGAUGAUGAGCGGAACCUGUUUUUCUUUGAUUUGAAGACGAGGCUGUAA